AUGGUCGGUGCGGCGCAGUAUCUGGACGAGGAGAUUGACUGGGUUCUCUCUGCCGUCGUUGGCAAGAAGAAGCAGUCAUACAUCCAGACGCACUUCAAAGACAAGUUUGGGCGCAGCUUGAACCAUAAUCAGAUUCGUUACAUUAAGAACAAAUACGGUAAAGACCCUAGGUUUAAUAGCCCGUUGGUGAAUACUCGAGCUCCAAGAAUAGCCACAUCACCCAAACCCGGUGAUCCGGGCGAGCAGGAAGGGGAAGAUGAACAAGGCAAUGAUAUUGAUUUCGGCAAUCCCAGAGAAGAUGGGCCAUCAAUGAAGAUAGAGAAACGACAAAAUGAGUCAAAGGAUGCAGCGGUGGCAAUGAUACGGGCGAAGCGCAAGAGAGGUGCUGAUGAUUCGGGCUCCGGCCGGUCGAGGUUCAUCAAGAAAAUCAUCGGGCCACAACGGCCACAGCUUCAACGAGAUCGGGCCUCAAGAACCGUUCAGUAUGAGACGCCUCCGCAGCAAUGGAACGCUCUCGAUCUUCAGCCAUCUACAUCGCAUGUCCAUCCAACAACGACUUCUUUGGCACAUGAUUAUCAUGACACUCAAUAUCCACAUACGGAAGGGUAUCAUAGCACACAACAACCGAUGCCGUCUCAAUUUCACAACACCGGUACUUGCGUUGGUUGGACACCAUCCGUGCCGUUGACUACCUGGGAAACCGACUCUCCCGUGUUUACGAGCGUCAACCAUAGCAUGAACCCGUCGGCCUUGGUAUAUCCUGCUUCGACUAUCGAGCAGUUGUAUCAUCACUCAGCCGAGCCAACUCAAACGCUCCCUCAAACACUCACAAUCCAGUACCAACCUCAGCUUCUCCAACCUCUCCUGGCUGCCCCGUCAGCCUCGUCAUUCUCGCCACUCAUACCAAACAUCACUCCAUAUCCCUAUCAGAAUUACAGAGAGCAUCCGUACGAUCAAACACCCCAGAGACAGCAGGAUCUUCAGCUUCACCUCGAAGCCCCCGAGAACCCAGAGUAUCCCAGUCUCGCCAUAUCAGAAGUGGAAAGACAUCCUUCUUUAGAAACACUUUCUGGCGUGCCGUUUCAGCUGAUUCCAAGCUUCCAAGAGAUGCCUAUCGAGUCGGCAUUUUCGCAGGGUGUCGUCGCUGAGGGAGAUGUCCACGAGCGCCAUUAG